GUCCUGUCAGUGCUGGCUGCGCUGAUCUUCGCUCUUCCUGGCUUGAACUGGAACUGGCCGAGCGACCACGUAGAGCUGUUCAGUGGACAGGCAGCGGUCAGCCGCGCAGAGAUUGAGGAGGGUCGGACCGCUAUGGCCUAUGAUGUGGAAUAUGAUCCCGAGAUGAUGAACAUUUUGGGCACCAAGGGCUACAUCCACGCCUGCUUCCAGAUACUGAACUUAAAGCGAGGAGGUCACUUGACCCUCGCACCUGUGUGUUCUAGUUGGGUGUACCUGAGUCGAGGAUCCACUGGCAGGAGCCGAUCCCGGCCAGAAGGAUCUCCUUACUCUCCCAGCGCGGUAGCUGGCAACACUAUGCUUUACCGCUGUGUCAUUUUGAUUCUAUUCGCCUCGAGCCGUGGGAUUUGGUGGUGCCUGGAGCAACCACGUGGAUCCCUCAUGCAAUUCCAUCCUGCCAUGCAGAUCCUGAUGAAGAAACAGAAAGUGGUGCGCAAGUUCUUGAAUAUGUGCGACUUUAAUGGGGCCUCGCAGAAGCCCACUUGGCUUUACAGCAGCCCCUCUGCGCUGUUUGAAACUCUUUCCAUCUCACUUUGA